ACACUUCAGGAUCCAAAGUGCAGCUCCAUCAACCAGGUUCUUCCACUGGCAGCAGACCAGGCGGCAGGCCAGCACCAAAUCCACCGCAGCUCUGCGCUGUCGGUGCCCGGGGGUUUCCGCCGCGCUCGCCGCCCGCCGGUCUGCGAUGACAACCAUUUGCGACCUCCCCGAAGACGUCCUGGUGGAACUACUGUCGCUGCUGCCCGCCCGGGACCUGGUCCGCACCUGCAGGGUGGUCUGCGCGCAGUGGCGGUACGUGGUGGAUCUGACCACCCUGUGGAAGCGCAAGUGCCAGCGUGAGGGGUUUUACCUGCAGAACUUGGACAGGAGCGUCUCGGACUGGAAGGUCUUCUACAUGCUCUCCCACUUGAAGAGAAACUUAAUCAAAAACCCCUGUGCUGAAGAGAAAUUUCAGCACUGGAAACUUGAUAAUAAUGAGGGAGAUAAAUGGAAGGUUGAGAAUAUGCCUGGACCUCAUGGAAGAGAAAUCCCAGACUCCAAAGUACAGAAAUACUUCGUCACUUCAUAUGGGCCGUGCUUCAAGUCUCAACUCAUCAGCCUGCAGAAAGAAGGAUACUGGAAUCAGUUGAUGGAUGAGAAACGGCCUGAAAUUGUAGUCAAGGACUGGUAUGCUGCCAGAUUUGACUGUGGGUGUCGCUAUGAGCUUAUAGUGAGGCUGCUUUCUGAAGACUACAUUGUCCUUGCGGAGUUCCGCCCCGAGCCGGUGGUUAUAGAGCAGUGGAAUGAUGCCGUGUGGAGAGAGAUUUCUCACACCUUCCAGAAUUACCCACCUGGAGUUCGUUACAUCUGGUUCCAGCACGGAGGCCAAGACACCCAGUUCUGGGCAGGAUGGUAUGGGAUCCGAGUGACCAACUCCAGCAUCACCAUUGGGCCCCUGACAAUGUUAUGAAGGCACAAUAUGUGUUUGCUUUUACCUCAGGACUGUAACCAGGUGGUCUCAGGUGCACUUAUUUGUCUGUACUCUCUGGGUGAGUGUCCUGGCUUUGUCUUGCACAGCUGAUCUCAAACACAGGCAGCUAGUGCUCCUUACAGCAGAACUUCUGCAGGCCUGGCCCUCUGGAAGGACUUCUGUCCUCAUUUUCCUCCUCCUGCACCAUGGAUAUUACUGCAAUUACUAGUGCCCUUCCACAGGAGGAAGACUAGGACAAUGAAAUGACAUCUGUUUGUCUAGUUAAUAUGUCCUUGUGCUGCAGCCAAACCCUAAGUCUUAAAUAGAAACCCCUUCUUGUUUGUUUAUGGAACUUACAAAAGAUAAGGCAAAAAUGUUUUAUGCCGGUUAUCGAUGCUGUCCUCAAGGGCUCUGCUACAGAGACAUUUGGUUUUGUAUGUUAUUUUCCUGUUUCAGUUUUAUUGUGUAUAAAAACGUGUAUCUUUCACAUCAGCCCUUUCAUAGCAUAAGGAAACUGUCAACCCUUUUUCAUAAAUGCAGUGUCACUGGUA